GUCCUUCUAGAUGAAGAGAUUAAAUUUCCUCUAUAAUGCAUCUCCACAUAUCACACGGAUUAAGCGCAGAGUAACAAAUAGUAAACAUCACUACUAGACGCAGAAGACGGAUUAUGUCAGUGGUUGAUCGAGGGGUUGUUUAUUUCACCACUUUUCUAUUUUACCAUCUUUCCUGCUUUUCCGUAGAAAACAUCGAGUAAGCUACGUCGCCUCAUUGCUCCGCCCUCGGUUACUGCAGUUGCCCUGAAACUCCACGGAUCUCACCUCUGCACGGGACCGUCUGCACAUUAAAGUCACUCGAAGCUCGCUCUUUUCAUCGCGAACAACGGGCUCAUAUCGGGAUCUCAACAGGCCCUAUGAAUGAUUAUCAGCAUGCAGUAAUAAUCGCAUAUCCUGACCGCACUCUGCUUGCACAUUAGCCCUACAAUGUAUCAGACGUUACGUGCGGCUUUACUAUCAAACGCCCGGUGCUGGGAUGCCGACAGUGAGAGGUCAUACCAGGACCUGUUUGAAAGACUCGAUACCAAUAAGGAUGGGAAGGUGGAUGUCGCUGAAUUGCGAGCGGGCCUCAAGGCGAUGGGCAUAUUCAGGCAGGGCGCUGCACAGAAAAUCGUGUCGUCUGGUGACCAGAACAAAGAUGGGAGUCUGGACUUCAAGGAGUUCACCAGAUAUCUGAAGGAGCACGAGAAGAAGCUAUGGCUGACAUUUAAGAGUCUGGACAUAAACGACGAUGGGCGCAUUGAUGCCUCAGAGAUCCAGCAGACCCUUGCCGAGCUGGGCAUGGAUUUGAGCAGAGAGGAUGCCCUGAAAAUCUUACAGAGUAUGGACAUUGAUGGCACCAUGAUGGUGGACUGGAAUGAGUGGAGAGAACACUUCCUGUUAUACCCUGGCCACAACCUGGAAGAGAUCAUACGCUACUGGAAACACUCCUCGGUGCUGGACAUAGGUGACAGCCUUGCAAUCCCUGAUGAGUUCACAGAAGAAGAGAAGAGCUCAGGCCGCUGGUGGAAGCAGCUCUCUGCCGGUGCAGUGGCGGGGGCCGUCUCUCGCACCGGCACCGCCCCUCUGGAUAGGGUGAAAGUCUUCAUGCAGGUUCACUCCUCUAAGACCAACAAGAUAAGCCUGGUAGGGGGCUUCAAACUGAUGAUAACAGAGGGAGGUCUAACGUCACUGUGGAGAGGAAAUGGAAUCAAUGUUUUAAAGAUUGCACCUGAGACAGCGAUCAAAUUUAUGGCAUAUGAACAAUAUAAGAAGUUGUUAUCAUCAGAGGGAAAAAAGAUUGAGACGCACAAGAGGUUUAUGGCUGGUUCUAUGGCUGGGGCCACAGCGCAGACAGCCAUCUACCCAAUGGAGGUAUUGAAAACUCGACUGACUCUGAGAAAGACCGGCCAGUAUGGAGGAGUGUUUGAUUGUGCCAAGAAGAUCCUGAGGAAGGAGGGGGUCAAAGCUUUCUACAAGGGCUACAUUCCAAACUUACUGGGCAUCAUUCCCUAUGCCGGAAUAGACCUCGCUGUUUAUGAGAGUCUAAAGAACACUUGGUUGUCGUACCACGCCAAAGACUCGGCUAACCCUGGAGUUCUGGUGUUGCUGGGCUGCGGGACCAUCUCCAGUACCUGUGGCCAGCUGGCUAGCUAUCCACUCGCACUUGUACGCACACGGAUGCAGGCACAAGCGUCUCUGGAUGCAUCAGACCAGCCCUCCAUGAGUUCUCUAAUGAAGAAGAUUGUAGCCAAAGAUGGGUUUUUUGGACUCUACCGCGGCAUCCUGCCAAACUUUAUGAAAGUCAUUCCUGCUGUCAGCAUUAGCUACGUGGUUUACGAGUACAUGAAGACUGGCUUAGGAAUCUCCAAUUGAUGGUGUAAGCAAUUAAAAAAAAAGAACAUUUACUGUAUUUGUCAGACUUGAAAAUGUCUGCAAUAACUCCAAGAAGACAGGUGGACAUCAAACAUACAAGCAUGACGUCCACCAUCUGGCACAGGAGUUCAGUGGAUGGAAAACUGCAUGUAUCCCAAUAAGGGUUGUCUGUCAGUAGCUGAAGCAUUUAUCAUUUGUGGUGAGCAUGCUUUAAUUUUUAUCCCGCUGUUACACAUAACACAAUCCUCAAGUUUAUAAACUCUCUAAAACCAUACUUGACACAAACACAGUACUGCACAUAAAACAUGCAUAAAAAUAGAAAUUAUAAUACACAACAGUUGUUUAGUCUAUCCUACUGGUAUUCUUUUAAAACUGUGAUCAACCAAAAUGGUAGCUCAGUGGCACAUACUGUUCUUUGUUCACAAAGAAAACACUUUCUCACAGCAGACUUAAUGUCUUAUUUUAACACAGAAUGAGGAAAAUUACAUUAUGCCAGUUUAAGUGUAUAAAUCCACUGUUAAGGGUUAUUAUAACACUUUUUCUAAGUUGUAAAGAUCCGCCAUAGAGUGACAUCAGCUCCAGACAAAAAAAUAACUGGCCCUGAAAAACCAAUACGUGUUAACACUGGAAUACUGUGUGCAUGACACAGACACACCUCUUGUGCAAUAUGAAAAUCACUAAUUCCACAUUCUGUGUGUUAUCUCAUGAUCAUUUAAAUGUGCCUUACAGCCACUUCAUGUGAACUUUCUGACAUCAGCAGAUGUUUUUUUUUUACUAUAUAUAGGUAUGCUGUAUGUCUGUAGUGUACAUAUAUAUAUAUUCAUACAUCUUUUUGUAGUUAUGAUUAUUUAUGGGUUUUAAUAAUGGUUUCUACCAUGCAACAUGAUAACAUUUAAAAAACAAAAAAAACAGUAAUACUUAAUUCUUAGACUGAAAAGCUUGUAAGAAGCAUGUUUUUGUCUUGCGUCACUUCAAGCCUCCUAUCCCUGAACACACACACACACACCCAAGUGGUGGGAAGAUGACAAUCAGCCUAUUGUCUUCAUUAUAAGUUAUGUUAAUGUGGAUUUUAAAGAACUAAAACUAAAACACUUGAUUUAAUACCCGUUAACCUGGAAGUGUGGAAACUUCACACAGUAGUUUAAUGUGUUUUUUUGUGGGAAGCUUACUUGAAAACAAUGGUUCAGUCAUGUGAAGUUCAGCCCCUCGGAGUGGAGAUCACUGGCUUGAAGAUUAUUGAGAUGAGUUAACAGCUCCACCUAGUGGUUAAUAAAGACAGACCAUGUGGAACAAAUUCAAUGGCAUUGGUGUGUUUCAGUAAAAUUUAA